AUGGAAGCGGACGUUUUCAGUAAAUUGAAGCAUUUGCCGAUGCAUAACUGGAGAAACAACCCAAGCUCGCCGAUCGCGCCAUCGGCGUUCGACAUAGCGGAGCUACAAAGAUCUCUGGCAACGGUUCUACAGGUUCUUCGUCCCUCCGAGCUUCGACAGAAGCCAGCAGGUGAACCAUCGAUCCCCUUUGGUGCUGUGGAGCGAGACCCUUACACUUUGGAUGGAUCCUUGAUAGGCAACGGUCCCACUACCGCCAAUUUCUUGCUCCACGGAAAGCUGGUCGAGAUAGGGCCCGGAUUUCAGGGAUCAGUAAAAGAGCAUGAAACUGUGCUACCGGACAACGCAGUUCCAGCUGGCCAAAAGCGAGCAGCGGCCCUGCGCUCAACCGUCGCCCGUCGUUCCCACAUUCUGCCUACGGUGACCGGAAACGGCGGUGGUAGCCACGAGGACACCAGCUUCAUGCCGUCAAUCAGUGUUGGUGAGUUUUACGGAGCGCUGACGAACUUGGGAGAUUUCUUUCAGAACCUCAAACAGAACCUGGAAUCGUUGGAAUCGAAAAAUCUCAACCACGAGCAGGUGAAGCUCCUGGAGGGACAGAACAUGAUCAGCCACCUUCGCAAAGAGUUUGUCGAGGACUAUCCAAAGCCGGCGGGCAGUGCCGCUUUCCUGCACGCCAUCCGGAACUACCGACCGUCGCAUCGGAUCCGGGCGCUGGUGUCCACCGUGCCGGAGCUCUACCGUGGAACCAACUAUCACGAUCCCGUUUACAUGCUUGCCGGGCUCGGAAAAUGA